AUGGUCUCAAUUGAAUCACCGCUAAUUCUUUUGAGCUUUUCCUUCUCAAUUCUUCUUCUCGUGGCAAUGUUGUUCUUUCUUUUUGUCAAGUACAAAUACAAAUCCAUUGGGAAUAAGAACAAAUCUCCACUUCCUCCUGGCCCAAAACCAUGGCCGAUAGUCGGAAAUCUCCCCGAAAUUCUCAGAAACAAACCCAUCUUCCGAUGGAUACACAACCUUAUGGAUGAAAUGAACACUGAAAUAGCUUGUAUUCGUCUAGGAAACGUUCAUGUUAUCACAGUUACUAGUCCAAAAUUGGGACGAGAGUUCCUGAAGAAUCAAGAUGCCAUUUUCUCAUCUAGACCCAUUUGCAUGGCUGCUGAACUUGCUAGCAACGGUUACUUGUCAGCAGUUCUUGUUCCUUUUGGAGAACAAUGGAAAAAAAUGAGGAGAAUCCUCGCUACUGAGGUGCUUUCUCCCGCGAAACACCGGUGGCUUCACGGCAAAAGAGACGAAGAAGCCGAUCACCUUGUUCGUUACGUGUUUAACCAGUGCAAAACCACCAUGGAAGGCGGAGUAGUGAAUGUGAGAAUUGCAACUCAGCAUUACUGUGGUAAUGUUAUAAGGAAAAUGAUCUUUGGAAAGAGGUUUUUUGGAAAAGGAAUGGAAGAUGGAGGGCCAGGGGUUGAAGAGGAAGAGCAUGUCGCCGGGCUUUUCACCAUUCUUGGGUACCUUUUUUCUUUUUGUAUCUCUGAUUAUUUACCAUGUUUAAGACGGUUGGACAUAGAUGGGCAUGAGAAGAUUAUGAAGAAAGCUCUUGGGACUGUAAGAAAAUAUCAUGAUCCUGAAAUUGACCAAAGAAUUGGGCAACGGAUGGACGGUAGUAAGAAGGACAAAGAAGACUUGCUUGAUGUUCUGAUUACUCUCAAGGACAUAGAUGGUAGACCAGUGUUGUCAGCUGAAGAGAUCAAAGCCCAGAUUGUUGUAAGUCUCUCUCUCUCUCAUACAAACACACACUCUCACAUGAGAGUAGUAAUGUUAAACAUGGCAUUGGAAAUUAACUAUGAGCACUUAAUACUGCAUAUUCUUUCAGCACCAGUUAAUGGGGAUGAUACUGUGGAUGAGGUAAAUAUUCAAAUUCAAGCGGUCCUAAUAAAUAAAAUGGCCGACACCACCGUCGCCGGUUACUUCAUCCCUAAGGGUAGUCACGUGCUGCUGAGCCGACUGGGAUUUGGCCGCAAUCCGAGAGUUUGGGAGGAGCCACUCAAGUUCAAGCCGGAGCGCCACCUGAAGGACGGUGGCUCGGAGGUGGGGCUUUCUGACCCAGAGCCGAAAAUGUUUUCAUUUAGCACAGGAAGGCGUGGGUGUGCGGGGGUGACAUUGGGUUCUACCAUGACUGCCAUGCUUUUGGCUAGGCUUCUUCAAGGGUUCACUUGGAAGUUGCCACCCUCUGUGUCAAGUACUGACCUCAGACUCAGAGAGUCAGAGGUUGAUCUCUCUCUAGCUCACCCACUGCUAGCUCUUGCACAGCCACUCUUGGGCGAAAAUUUGUAUCUUGCAGCUUGA